AUGUUCAAAAAGAAACCAACUAUCAAGCCCCUCUCCCCACUCAAGUCGAGCGAUCGCCGCAGGACAGCCGACCAGAUCAUCGCCGACUUUGGCAUAGAGAUUCCCGUAGAAACUGACGCGAGCCCCGAAGACAAGACAGCUUCGACCGCCGGGCUGACAGCAUUACGGAAGUCCAUACUCCCCGAGAAUGCGCUGUCGGCGCGCUUCACCACCACCGCAGGGCCCGACCUCAAGCAGGUGUCAGGAACAAUAUACGUAGGCAGCCAUGAGGGCACAGGCGGGGAUCAGAGAGUGUUGUGGGUCAAGGUUGGCGACAAAAUGUACCCUACCGUCUACACCCUAUGGCACAACCCACGCAUAGUCCCGCUACUAUAUACGCCACUCGUCGUCGUCGAGAAAAUGCAAGGUGGCGCCGACCUGAUGACGCCUGGGCUACAACGAGGCCCGCCUUUCCCCAAGAAAGCGACAAAAGGCGCCAUCGUCGCCGUCGCGAGCCUCGAGGCACCGACAGUCCCCAUGGCCGUAGGCGAGUGCACCAUCGACGUAAGCGCCUUGGGCAAAGUCCAGGGUACCAAAGGGAUUGCAGUAUCCACAUUCCACUGGGCAGGUGACGAACUAUGGUCUUGGAGCUCAACAGGCAAGGCCGGCAGUGAGCCUCCCGAUAUUCUCGAGGGCUGGGACGACGACAGUGGCGAAGAGGCGAGUCUCGCUGAACGCACGGCAACCGUAGACCUAGAUGACGACGAAGGCGGUGUCGCUCUCGAAGCCACUCCGACCGAACGGUCACAGGCAGAGAGAUCCCAGGGCGUAGAAGGCGAGGAUGCGCCAUCCAACAACGACUUCAUCGAUGUUCUCGAGGAUAAAGAGCUAACUACCAAGGAAAUCGAUGAAGCUUUCAAGAACGCCUUCUUGUACGGCGUCCGAUACCAAAUGGAUCACAACAAGGGCCACCCCUCUUACGGCCUCGACUUUCCCCUCUCGCAAUCAAACGUCAUGGACAUGCUCGUCCAACCCUUCCUCCCCACCUACACCCCCGCGCGAACCGCCUCGCUACAAAUCAAAAAGACAAGUUGGAAGAACCUCAGGAAGUUUAUAAGGCAUCUAGACAAGCAAAAAAUCGUCAAGUGCAAAGACCGCGACGGCAAUGAGGUCGUCAUACUUGAUAUCGAUUUCAAGGAUCGCCAAGUUGAGUCGUUCGUUCCCUACAGGUUGCCGAAGAAGGACACCCCAGCCGCAGCGAGCACAAACGGCAAGCCAGCUGCAUCCCUGUCCGCCGAGUCUUCCGUUGGCCAAAGGCUAAAGCUUGUCUCUGUAUUGCGGCCUAAGGAGAAGUUAGCGCCUAUCCUGAGUGCCUCCAAAGCAGAUCCGCGCGGUCUCUACACGCCAGCAGAGCUAAAGCAGCUUCUCAUAGCCUACGUAGAGGCGGAAAACUUGAUCGACCCCAAGAACAAGCGUCUUAUUCGCAUCAACCCCCAACUCGCAGAUGCCCUAUUGGGUUCCUCAGCAGCCGACAAUGCGGCGCUGUCAUCAGGAACCAUGCCUAGAGACGCCCUGUCUGAACGCAUGGUCGCUGCCGCCUCGCCCUUCCACGCCAUCAUCCGCAACGACGCCGAUAUUGCUGACGCCAAGCCAAAAGCUGGUGCACCACCCAAGAUCCAAAUCACGCUUGAGACGCGCAGUGGCAACAAAACUGUGACCAAGGUGCAUGGGCUGGAACCAUACUACAUCUCACCACAGCCGCUCGCUGACGAACUGAGAAAGACGUGCGCAGGUAGUACGAGCGUGGAUAAACUGCAAGGAUCAAGUCCUAAAGCCCCUGUCAUGGAGGUCAUGGUUCAGGGUCCUCAGAAAGACGCUAUCAUGAAGGCAUUGGAGAAGAGGGGCGUGCAUAGGAAUUGGGUCGAGGUUGUAGACAAGACCAAAGGAAAGAAGAAGUAG